AUGUCUGCCGCAUUAGUUAAUCGUUCUUUGACUACAAUCAGAACAGAGUUGGAGUUUUUAAAAGAUUCGGAUGUGAUUACAGAAGGGUUAUACGAGAAAUUACUCCAGUCGUUACCUACAAAAUACCAAAAGGAUUCUGCACCUUGGGAUGUAGAUAGAAUCGCCGGAGGCUCUACAGGUCCAGGAAGAGUAGAAAACAAAUCAGCAACCGAUGUAUUAGCAGAUGACUUCUCAAAAACCAACAUUUCUGUCCCUCCUCCAGCAUACCCACCAGCACAGCCUCCACGUAGUGCUGCACCAAAACCAGUUGGCUAUUGUAUUGCCACUUAUGAUUAUAAGGCACAACAGGCUGGCGAUUUAGAUUUAUCAAAGGGCGAUAAGUUGGCAGUUGUCGAACAUUUAUCAGAAGAUUGGUGGAAAGGGUACAAGAGUGAUGCCAGCCCUGAAAAGACUGGGGUGUUUCCAUCCAAUUAUGUUAAGAUAAUUUCCCAAUUAGAAUUUGAAGCAGACGAAAGAAAAGCAGCCCCACCAGCACAAACACCAUCUUAUGAUCAAAAUGGAUAUUCUGCAUAUGGCCCACCAGCAACUUAUCAACCACAACAAUUACAACAACAACCAUCCUACGGAGGGUAUGCACAAUACCCACCACCAUCGACAAAUUACUACCCACCUCAACAGUACCAACAACCACAGCAACCACAACAAGUAGUGGAGCAACAGCCUGAACAGCAUCAUUCACUGGGAAGUGAACAUGUAAAGAAAUUUGGAAGCAAGUUAGGUAAUGCUGCCAUUUUCGGUGCUGGUGCGCUGAUAGGUAGUAACAUUGUCAAUUCUAUUUUUUAA